CCUCUAACUAGGUCGAUGUGCAGGUUGGUAGGAUAGCAUAGGAGCAAAAAAAGUAAGCGAGCGAGCAGCCAUGUCAAGCGCCACCCAGGUGGGGCAUGUUUAUUGGCUUGAGCACCCCCCAAAGUCCCAAAGCUUAAGUUUCGACUCCGGAAAACUCAACCAUCCAACUCUGGUCCUCGGGGCGGAAAGAGAGGGGAAAGUUCAAGCUGUCGUGGUAUGUAGUCCGACCCCUCCCCCCUUCUCCCCUCUAUCUAGCCAGGAUUUAAUAUUUUCUCAGAUAACAUCCUUCGGCGGUAGAACUCUCUCCGACAAGUUCCCGGACACGAACAAUAACCACCUGCGUAUGCGAGCAGAAUAUCUGCCCCUCAAUGUAGCUGGAGCAGCUCCACACCCCGACAAUGACGUCCUUCUAUCAGUCAUAGUAGGGUUUCCACCGAUGUUGACCAAGAAAUGCUAUGUUCGCUUGGAUCCAUUUGAUGUCGAAGUAGGCCAACUUAGAUUGGACCGCAGAUCGACCUGCAUGUUACCGGACGACAUGAUGGUACUGCUGAUGGGGAGACUGCUUCAAUUGAAGCCCCACUUCAGAGCCCACAAAGAGAGAAGUGGUACCGCCGGCGGCCCGAUCUCGGCCAGGAGGCAACGACCACCCGUCGUCCACCUACCCCAAUCCCCGCCCCGCCUACCGCUACCGGUUCCGACCCAACAAAGCGCACUUCUACCCCCACCAAGAACAUACAGCAAUUCCUAUGGCACGGCAACAGCAUCACGGCACUAUCAUCACGGAGAUCUUGAAUGGAAUGCACCGGCACCACCGCGACCCCCGUAUCCGAGAACUCCAAGGAGCGUGGAGGAUGAUGAGCCAAAUUGUUCCGGUGGGUGGAGUGCAUUAGGGUAUUUGGGAAUUGCCGCGGGGAUCUUCGUUGCUGUGAGGUACCUCUUCCGCUAGGAAGGAGGGGAUGGUACUGGGUUUGGAUCUUGUCUGCAUUUGCUUUUGCUUUUGCUUCGAUUCCUUUCUUUUCCUCUUUUUCCGGUUAGCGAUUUAUUAGAACUGUAGCAGACGACCAUCAUCUAAGUUAAUGGCCGAUUCCAAAUAUGAUUUAUACUUGCUUCUAG